UUCCUUACAUGCAGCGAGUGACACGGAGAUGACUCAGGUGUGCGCCAACUCGGACGAGACGAGUCAACACACCCUCCGACUCGUCCAAGUACACAUAUGAACAACGUAACUCGGUAACUGAGUCUCUGAACAAACAAAACCAAACUAAAUCCCAUUGUUCUUCAUUCCAUACUCUGCAUCUCUUCACUAGGGUUGUUAUCUCUUUCCUUUUCUGCCUCUUUCGCAUCUUUUUAUACCCAAUAAUCACACUCUUCACUCAUCUUCAAUAAUCCCUUUUGAACCCUAGCAGCAGAGGUUUGUUCGUUCUUCUCUGUUUCCCCUUUUCCAAUUAAUUUCUCGCAAAUCAUUUCUCCAUUUUUCCCAAUUCCCAAUUUCCGUUCACUCCACUCCUAGAUUUCCAUUUCCUCUGUCAUUUUCCCCUCACCGUUUUGCAGGAUCCGAUUGAACCCUAGCUUUCUAAUCGAAAGUUUGCUAGGAAAAAAAUAAAAUUAAAAUCAGAGGCACUUUCUGUGGAGGAUCUAUCCUAGGGUUCUAAUUGUAGAAUGGAACCGCCGGCUGCUCGACCGAGGGGUCGACCGAGGAAACGAAGAAGAAAGGAGGAGGAGGAGAAUGAGGCCGAAGCAAAAAGGCAGGCUAUGGGAACGCGAGCCAUAGCUUUGGUAGGGAGGUACGUGCUCAAGGAUUUUCCCGGAAACGGAAUUUUUCUCGGGAAAGUGGUGUACUAUGAGUGCGGAUUGUACCGGGUGAGUUACGAGGAUGGCGAUUUUGAGGAUCUCGACAGUGGAGAGGUGCGCACCAUUCUCGUGAAAGAUGAUGAGGAGUUUGAUAAAGACUUCGCCCGGAGGAGGGCCGCGUUGGAGAAAUUGGUGGCGAAGAAGAAUAGUGUAAAGGCCAAAGAUGUUUCGGAGAGCCGUGGUGAAGGGAGGGAGGAGCAAUCGGCCGUUGGGGAGGCUGAAUUGAAAGGUGGGUUGGUGUUGGAGAAAAAUGAAGGAGAAGGGAACGAAAAUGAUAUGGAGGAUGAUUCUUCCAGUGACUCAAGCUUCGGGGAAAUCGAGUCUGGGACUACUGAUGCAGAGUUACUGCCGCCUAUGCCGCUGCCGCCGGAGUUGCCCUCGUCGUCCGGCACCAUUGGUGUACCGGAGGAGUCUGUAUCCCAUUUGUUUGCUGUAUACGGAUUCCUCAGAUCAUUCAGCACCCAGUUAUUUCUUAUGCCAUUCACACUGGACGAGUUUGUGGGUGCUGUAAAUUGUCGUGUUCCAAACACGGUGUUCGAUGCCGUUCACCUUUCCUUGAUGAAAGUGUUGCGGAGGCAUCUGGAAGCCCUCUCAUCGGAGGGCUCAGAGAUUGCUUCCAAAUGUCUCAGGUGCUAUGAUUGGAGCUUGCUGGAUUCAUUGACUUGGCCAGUUUUUGCAAUUCAGUAUUUAGUAGUCAGUGGACACACAACUGCUCAUGAAUGGCGAGGAUUUUACAAAGAAGUUUCCACCGAUGAAUAUUAUUUGUUGCCUGUGAGUAGGAAGUUGAUGAUAUUGCAAAUUCUCUGUGAUAAUGCUCUGGAAUCUGAGGAGAUUGUAAUGGAAAUGAACAUUCGGAGGGAAUCAGAGGUUGGGAUGGAUUAUGAUGGAGAGGAUAUCCUUCCUUCAGAAGUUGGGCUUAGAAGAGUCCAGCCAAGAUAUGCCAAUACUCCAGCUUCUGAGGAUAAAGAAGCUACAAAGUUUGUUUCAGCUUCAAAUGCUGUGAACCAACCUGGGAGCUCUAUUUCAUAUUCCAGAGAUACAGAAGGCACUGAAGAUGGUGAUGUUGAUAGAAAUGGAGAUGAAUGUCGCCUUUGUGGAAUGGAUGGGAUCCUGCUUUGUUGUGAUGGGUGUCCCUCUGCUUAUCAUUCAAGGUGUAUUGGUGUGUUGAAAAAUCAUAUACCAGAAGGGCCAUGGUAUUGUCCCGAGUGCAAAAUCAAUAUGAUGGGGCCAACCAUUGCAAAGGGAACAUCACUUCGAGGGGCGGAAAUAUUUGGAAAGGAUUUGUAUGGGCAACUCUUCAUGGGUACCUGCGAACACUUACUUGUGCUGAAUAUUGGGAAUGAUGAGUUUUGUCAUAGAUAUUACAAUCUGAAUGACAUUCCCAAGGUUCUCAAAGUGCUUUAUGGAUCCACGGAGCACAGGGCUAUAUAUCAUGAUAUUUGCAUGGCUGUGCUUCAAUAUUGCAAUAUUCCAGAAAGUACUUUAUUAUUUCCUCCUUUGGGUGAAACCCCUCUAAGUCCUGCUACUCAAUGCAAUGGCAACGGUAGCAGCAACGAGUGCCCUUCUUCCAAGUGCUCUUUGGUAAAUGGUCAAAUUGGUAACUAUGACCAUGCAAAUGAUACAGUAAAUCUUUCUUCCCAAACCAAAGAAAGCACACAAGCAGGUUUUGAAAAGUGUGAACGCAAUGUAACCAAUGAUCCUGCAUACAUGGGUUUCUCCUAUAAGCCUUUGUUGUACAUUAAUCACUAUGCUCAUGGUGAUUUUGCUGCAUCAGCAGCUGCUAAAUUUGCCCUUCUUUCCUCAGAGGAAUCUAGAUCAGAGGGCCAUGUGUCAGACAAUCAGAGGAAAACUGCAUCUGGAAACACUUACUUGCAAGCAAAAGCAUUCUCACUAACAGCUUCGCGUUUCUUUUGGCCAAGUUCUGAAAAGAAGCCUGUGGAAGUUCCAAGAGAAAGGUGUGGCUGGUGCUUUUCUUGUAAAGCCCCUGCUUCAAGCAAGAGAGGAUGCAUGUUAAAUCAUGCAGCUCUAAGUGCCACAAAAAGUGCUGUAAAAAUGCUUGCUGGUUUUUCUCCUAUAAGAAGUGGAGAGGCAAUACUUCCUAGUAUUGCAACUUACAUUAUAUACAUGGAGGAAUGUCUACGUGGUUUAGUAGUUGGGCCCUUCCUAAGUGCAAGCUAUAGAAGGCAAUGGCGUAAGCAAGUGGAACAGGCACCAACAUUUAGUGCUAUCAAACCACUUUUACUUAAACUUGAGGAGAACAUUCGAACGAUUGUUUUUUGUGGGGACUGGGUUAAGCUGAUGGAUGAUUGGUUGGUUGAAUUUUCCAUGGUACAAAGUGCCUCAUCUACUCUUGGAACAGCACAGAAACGUGCACCAAGUGGUAGGCGUUACAAGAAGCGGUUAGCUAAUGAUGAAGCUACAGCUGAUGGUUGCCCUGAAAACUUUGUGUGGUGGCGUGGUGGCAAAUUCACCAAAUUUAUAUUCCAGAAAGCAGUCUUGCCAAAAUCCAUGGUCAGGAAAGCAGCACGUCAAGGUGGUUCAAGAAAAAUUUCUGGCAUUUUUUAUGCUGAUGGCUCUGAAAUUCCCAAGAGAAGUAGACAACUUGUUUGGAGAGUUGCAGUUCAAAUGAGUAGGAAUGCAUCACAGCUGGCACUUCAGGUCAGGUACCUAGAUUUUUAUCUCAGAUGGAGUGAUCUGAUUCGUCCUGAGCAGAACAUCCAGGAUGGGAAAGGUCAAGAGACUGAAGCUUCUGCUUUCAGAAAUGCAAAUAUUUGUGACAAUAAACUUGUAGAGGGGAAAAGUUGUUAUGGAAUAGCUUUUGGGAGCCAAAAACAUCUUCCUUCUCGGGUGAUGAAAAAUGUUGUUCAAGUGGAGCAAGAUCCAGAAGGAAAGGAAAAGUAUUGGUUUUUUGAAACACGUAUUCCAUUAUAUUUGAUAAAAGAGUAUGAAGAAGGUAAUGGAAAUAUGCCAUGUAAUGAGGAGCACUUGAAUACUGCAUCUGAGUUGCUGCACAGAAGGCGGUUGAAGGCUAUCUGCAAGGACAUAUUUUUUUACCUAACAUGCAAGAGAGAUAACUUGGAUGUGGUGUCAUGUUCUGUAUGUCAGAUGGGUGUUUUAAUUCGGGAUGCUCACAAGUGCAAUGCAUGCCAAGGUUAUUGUCACGAGGGCUGUUCAACAAGAUCAACAGUCUCGGCAAAUGAAGUUGAGUACUUGACUACAUGCAAGCAAUGCUACCAUGCCAGAUUACUUGCUCAGAAAGAGAAUACUAAUGAAUCUCCAACCAGUCCAUUACUCCUACAAGGACGAGAGAAUAACUCUGGGACAUUUUUGAAUGGAUCAAGGCCUAAAUCUCAUGAUCAAGUACUGAAAUCUUCCAGGACAAAGGCUAAUAAUCCCAACGUGAAACAAGUUACUCCUGUGACGGCUUUGAAAGGAACAAAGGCUAAAUAUUAUGAACAAGAACCGACUUCUACCAGGACAAAGGAUAAUAAUCAUUUUGGCACGCCUCAAGUUGCUUCUGAGGCCACUUUGACAGGAAAAAAACCUCGCAAAAAUUGUUCUUGGGGUAUUAUAUGGCAAAAGAAAAAUAAUGAAGAUACAGACAAUGAUUUCUGGCUCAGAAACAUACUUUUGAAAGGGGGUUCAAACAUGCCACAGUUAAAACCUGUUUGUCACUUGUGUCGGAAGCCAUAUAUGUCUGAUCUGACGUAUAUUUGCUGUGAGACAUGCCAAAAUUGGUAUCACGCUGAAGCUGUUGAACUUGAAGAAUCCAAAAUUUCUAGUGUGUUGGGCUUCAAAUGUUGCAAGUGUCGAAGGAUAAAAUCACCUGUUUGUCCAUACUCUGAUUUGAAGCCUAAGAGACAAGAGGGCAAGAAGUCACGCACAAGGACUAAAAAGAAAGAGCAUUCUGGAGCAGACUCCGAUUCUGGAGCAAUCUAUUAUGAUAUGAGAGAUUGUGAAGUUGCUACUCCUGUCUUUCAUGUAGAGGAUGAUCCCAGUCAUGUCUUUCCUGUAGAGGGUGAUCCUACUCACGUCUUUCCUGUAGAGGAUGAUCCUCUUCUUUUCUCUCUUUCGAGUGUUGAGCUGCUAACAGAACCUAAGAUGGAAGGGGAUGUUGAGUGGAACAGUGUCCCUGGGCCAGGGCUUCGGAAAUUGCCAGUGAGAAGGAAUGUUAAGCAUGAAGGGGAUGGUGAUGUUUCUUUUGGAGGUAUGCCUGCAGAUGUAUCUCCACCUUUAGAAUAUGCCUCUGCUGUUGACUUUGACAACAAGCUGCUGAAUGACUCUGAUAAUGUAAACUAUGAUGAUUACAUGGAUUUUGAACCCAAUACCUAUUUCUCUCUAACGGAACUGCUGCAGCCAGAUGAUGGUAGUCAGUUUGAGGGUGUUGAUGUGUCUGCGGACUUGUCGGGAUAUUUGGAAAAUUCUAGUACCCUUAUUCCUGAAGAACGUGGAGAUGAUAAAACAGAACCUGCAUUUUCCUUGCAAGACACCGGCGGGGACUUGUCAGGAUAUUUGGAAAAUUCUAUUACAUUUAUUCCUGAAGAAUGUGGAGAUGUUAUGACAGAACCUACAUUUUCCUUGCAAGACACUGGCUUUAGUUGUAUGAAAUGUUCACAAAUGGAACCGGCCCCUGAUCUCUUUUGUGAGAUUUGUGGGAUUUUGAUUCACAGCCAAUGUUCGCCUUGGGUUGAAAUACCAUCUAGGCUUGGAAGUUGGAGGUGUGGGAAUUGCCGGGAUUGGUAAUAGGCUGAUUUUGCUAGUUCUCUUGGUGGCGGCGUUGAGUCCUCUGGAGAAGUAAUUUUGUAAUAUAAUCAAUCAUGCAAGCUGGUUGCAAUUAGCUCACCAUGGAUGAAUUGAAUUCUUAGCUCUGCGACCUUGGGGGCAAAUGAUGAGUGAUCAGAGAUGUUUUUCAACCUGCAGUCGACGGUUUUCGUUGAUGCUAUGGAAUCAUGGGAUAUCGGCUGAUUUUGUUCCCUAAUUAGUCAGUCCACAGAAACAGAAAUUUGCUCUGGUGUCAGAGAUAAGCAAUAUUUUUUUUACAAUGCUUCUCUGAUGCAUUAUUUGUAUAGAUUAAAAAUUAAAAAUUCACAUUUGUUUUUGAGUUCGGUCAAAAUUAAGAAACUGCACUCAAUUUAAAGCUCUUUUA